UUUCUUUAUUUAACCCUACUUUCUUUUCUCUUUUCCUAUCGUCUCACUCUUCCUUAACUUUCUCUUGGGAUUCGAUCUCUUUCCGGUGGCUAUUCCUGAUGAUAACUGUCAAAUCUUCUCCAUUUUCAUAACAUCUCCUUUAGGGUUAGCUAUCUCCCUCUCUAUCUCUCUCUAACUCUAACUCUAUAGUGUAUUUCAUGAAAUGGUCGAUCUUUGGUAGAACAAGAGAAAGAUUCAGUAGAAUCUAAACAGAUACAAUAACUAACUCGGAUCUUUGUAAAGGUUUGAAUUGAAUCUGCCUGUUUCGACCUUGCUAAGGUUAAUCUCAAUACUUGCCGAGAUAUAAGGUUAAAGGAUGAAUUCCUUUUCAAAUGUACCUCCUGGCUUCAGAUUUCAUCCAACCGACGAAGAACUUGUAGACUACUACCUAAGGAAAAAGGUUACAUCAAAGAAAAUAGAAAUCGAUUUCAUCAAAGACGUUGAUCUUUACAAGAUUGAGCCAUGGGAUCUUCAAGAGUUAUGCAAGAUAGGAAACGAAGAGCAAAGUGAAUGGUACUUCUUUAGCCAUAAAGACAAGAAGUAUCCCACGGGAACUCGAACCAAUAGAGCGACAAAAGCAGGAUUCUGGAAAGCCACUGGAAGAGACAAGGCUAUAUAUUUAAGACAUGGUCUUAUCGGCAUGAGGAAGACACUUGUGUUUUACAAAGGAAGAGCCCCAAAUGGACAUAAAUCGGACUGGAUCAUGCACGAGUAUCGGCUAGAAACAAAUGAAAAUGGAACUCCUCAGGAAGAAGGAUGGGUGGUGUGUAGGGUAUUCAAGAAGAGAUUAGCAGCAACAAUGAGGAAAAUGGAAGAUUACGAUUCUUCGCCUUCUCAUUGGUACGAUGACCAGCUCUCUUUCAUGGCCUCCGAGCUCGAUUCCAAUCCCCCAAGUCGGACUCUUCGCAACCAUCAUAAUUAUAACCGCCACCAUCACCCGCAGCCAUUGCCUUAUGGCCUCGAUGCAUCUUCAGCUUAUACCUUCAACAAUAACUUGCAAUGCAAGCAAGAGCUGGAGCUACAUUACAAUCACAUGGUACAAUAUCAGCAACAAAAAAAUCAUCUUGAUGAAUCUAUGUUCCCCCAGCUUCCCCAGCUUGAAAGCCCUUACAAUAAUCGCAGCUCUCUACCUUAUGGAUCAAGCAACGAUGGUAAUAACACAAGAAAUAUUGAUAACUUGCAGCAAUCAUCAAACCUUACUCAUGAGGAAAAAAUGCAUCAAGGAAACCAAGCGAGUACGGAUUGGAGAGUUCUUGAUAAGUUUGUUGCUUCACAGCUAAGCAACGAGGACGUUGCAGCUAAUGCUUCUACUUCUACUUCUACUCAUACAAACAACAACAAGAUGGACGCAAGAAACACUGAUUAUCAAGUGCAUGAGGGAAUGAAUAUGCUGGAGAAUGAUUCGGAAAGGGUUGUCGAGAUGGGAGAAGCAUAUGUAAAUGCUCAUGCUGGUUAUAAUUCUUCGAGUUGUCAGACUGAUCUCUGGAAAUAGUGAUCAAAGUGAAGAAGAUGCAAGAUGCAUAUAUGUGAAAUAGACAUGCAUACUUGUGCUGUGAAGAUGAUAAUGGUGGAGACCGGUUUAUAAUUAUGUUGGAAGGAGAAAUAACAUGGAGUUAUUGCCCCCGAUAUAUAGAGGUUUUGUACAUAAUAAAAACCUAAAGAAUAAGGUAUUUUCUCUCGAUGAUUCUUUUUUCAGUAUUGAACUAUAUAUAUGCUAUAUGCAUGCAUGGAUGUCUGGAUGUAUGCAUGUAUGCAUGUAGUUGAUGCAUCUAUGUUUGUAUUGAUCAUGAACCGUAUAUUCAUGCUUAAAUUUGUAUAAUAACCAUAUGAGUUAUGGUUUAAAUGUGAAAUCAAUCCCUGUAUGAAGAGAGGACAAUUU